CACAACUCCCCCCACACUUUCCGCUGCUGCUCCUGACUCAACUUCCCCUUUGGCCCUCUGUUUCAUAUCCCUCUCUUUUGCAAAAAUUGCUGGCACUUGCUUCACCUCAUACUAGUUACAUGCAGCACUAUGGUUUUAACACCCACUUCUUCUGACAAGAUCUUGGAAAUCACCUCCCAGCCUCCUCAAAGCUUCUGCACAUCGCCAGUGUUCACCCAAGGAUGGAUUCUCUGCCAUUGCUCAUCUGUGUUGGUGCCGUUGUGUUAACAUCAUGCCGUGGAUUCAGUUUGGAUACAGAAAAUCCCAUCAUCUUCCGAGAGAAUGCCAAGGGCUUUGGGCAGACCGUUGUGCAGUUUGGAAGUGGAGUAAAUGCUGGGGUGUUUGUCGGUGCCCCACUCCAGCCUGGAGAUGUGGAUGAAACAGGAAAGCUGUAUAAAUGUCAACCAACACAAAGCAAAACUGGCGGAUGUGAGGCUGUUGUGUUGCAAAGACCUGCUGAUGCCGUGAACAUGUCUCUCAGUUUGUCUCUCUCAGCUCAAGAUUCUCAGUUGCUGGUGUGUGGUCCCACGGUGCAACAGACUUGUGGUGAAAAUAUAUACCUCAAGGGCUACUGCUUUCUCCUUGAUCAGAAUUUGGCAGAGGUGAAGCGCUUUCCUGAGAGUUUGCCAGAAUGUCCAAAGCAGCCCACAGACAUCGUUCUCCUGAUAGACGGUUCAGGAAGCAUUCAACCCAAUCAGUUCUCAGAGAUGAAGACAUUUAUAUCUAUGAUCAUGAAACGUUUCCAAAAUACCAAUACCCAGUUUGCCUUGUCCCAGUACGCACGUUGGUAUCGAGAAGAGUUUACCUUCCUUGACUUCCAGAGAGUCAGAAAUCCUGAUGAAUUACUUAGACCAGUUACGCAGCUGCGUGGGGCAACUUUGACAGCUACAUAUAUCCAGAGAGUGGUGCGUGAACAAUUUGUCACAGAAAAAGGAUCCCGGCCCGGUGCCUCGAAGGUUCUCAUUGUGAUAACUGAUGGAGAGAAAUCAGGAGACCCCUUGCAGUACAGUGACGUCAUCCCAGAGGCUGAACGAGCUGGCAUUAUCCGCUUUGCCAUUGGGGUGGGGAAAGCUUUCUCAGGAGGCACAGCCAAGCAGGAGCUUAUCAGUAUUGCCUCUCAACCAGAGGAUGACCAUGUUUUCCCAGUGGACAACUUUGAUGCUCUCAAGGACAUCCAGAACAAACUUCAGGAUAAAAUUUUUGCCAUUGAAGGGACACAAUCCAAAGACAGCAGCUCCUUCCAGUUAGAGAUGUCCCAGGAGGGAUUCAGUGCCUUGCUGACCCCGGAUGGCCCAGCAUUGGGAGCAGUAGGAGCCUAUGACUGGUCCGGAGGGGUCUUCCUAUAUGGAAGUGGUGGCGAAUCAAGCUUUAUCAAUAUGUCAAGAUUCAGUAAAGAAAUGGAUGAUGCCUACCUUGGUUACUCACUGCAAACAAUUCGGUUGAAUGGACAGAGCAGUUAUGUGUUGGGGGCUCCUCGUUACCAACAUGCUGGCAAGGUUGUCUGGUUCAGCCAGGAGAAUGGGCAAUGGAAAGUCAAAUCAGAGCUGUCCACAAAAGAGCCCAUCCAGAUUGGCUCCUACUUCGGAGCUGCACUUUGCUCUGUGGACCUCGACAGAGACACCAACACGGAUCUGGUUCUCAUUGGCGCUCCUAUGUACUACGACACCAUGGCUGGAGGGAGGGUCUACAUCUGUGAGAGGAAGGGAGAGUCAUUUCUCUGCAGCAAAGAAUUGCAUGGAGAAACCAACAACCCCUUUGGCCGCUUUGGAGCUAGCAUAGCAGAAAUAGGUGAAAUAUCUGGGGACCGAUGGACAGAUGUGGCAGUCGGGGCUCCAAUGGAGGAUGAGAAUCGAGGAACUGUGUAUAUAUUUCGAGGAAGCCGGAGAUCCAUAAACCAAGAAUACAGCCAGCGUAUCAGAAGUUCCCAGUUUGCCAAUAAUCUUCAGUACUUUGGCCAAGCGAUUGGUGCUGGAUCAGACCUUACUGGAGAUGGACUUCCAGAUGUUGCAGUGGGAGCUGAAGGACAAGUGCUGCUGCUCAGGUCUCGACCUGUGCUCCAAGUGCAUUCCAGGAUCACCUUUGAACCAUCUAUAAUCCCCCUUUCUGCCUUUGAGUGCAAGGACCAGGGGGUCUUGAACAAGGAGAUCAGCAAAGCAACUGUUUGUCUCGCUGUUAAGUCGGACCCUCGGUUUACAUUAAGCAAUAGCAUUUCCAGCACCAUCCGGUACACUUUGGCCUUGGAUUAUGGUCGAAGUAUGAUCCGGGCUGUUUUUCAAGGUGGUUCAAGCACCUCCACCAUCACUGAAGAGCUGCAAGUGGACCUUAGGGAAAACUGCAAGGACUAUCGCAUAAAGUUGCCGACCUGCAUAGAAGACAGUCUCACUCCUUUAAGCCUCCGGUUGAAUUACACCCUGACAGGAGAUCCCAUUCAGGGUUCUAAUAACCUGCGAGCCAUCCUAGGUGAAGACGAGCCCCGUCAGUUUACGGAAUAUCUGCCUUUUGAAAAGAACUGUGGCAGAGAUGGCGUCUGUAAAGAUGAAUUAAAAACUUCCUUCAAUUUCUCUGGUCUGGACACACUGGUGGUGGGCGUGACGACUGAGGUCAAUGCCACAGUUUUCAUCCGAAACGAUGGAGAAGACUCCUACAGCACCACUUUGAACUUCUUAUAUCCUUCUGCAUUAUCCUACCGCAGGUUCACAUUAUUGAAGUCCAACAGGCUAUUUGCGGUCAUUAAAUGUGGCUCCGUCCCUGCUGCUGAAGAUGACCCUGUAGGGAACAGUACUUGUAGCAUCAAUCACCCCAUCUUCCGAAGUGGGGCAGAGGUUAUCUUCAUUGCCACAUUUUCCAUAUCUCAGAAUGCAGAUUUGGGUCUAGAGGUGCAGAUCAAUGCUACAGCGGGCAGUGAAAACAGUGGUCUCAUUACACAGGACAUGAUUCACCAAGAAAAGCUUCCCGUCAAAUAUGCUGUAUAUAUCUUUGUCAACGCUAUUGAUAAAUCAACAAAGUAUGUCAAUUUUUCUGUUGGACAGGAAAAUCAAAAUCGAACUGUGGAACAUAUAUACGAGGUGAAGAAUACAUACCAACGAAAGGUUAAUGUCUCCGUGGUGUUUCAGUUUCCUGUGGAACUGAGUGAGACGUGGGUGUGGAAUGCAUCCCUAGAGUUUCCCAAAGAGUUGUCCCACCUGGCUAAUUGUGUCCCAGGAAAACAGACUCCAGGUUCCAAGGAUUUUGUGAAGCAACUAUCUAAGCGUCCUAUUCUGGACUGUUCUGUGGCGACCUGUAAAACAGUCCACUGUCGCAUCCCAUCCCUGGAGCAGCAGCAACCGCUACAAUUCACAAUCAAGGGGGACACUGGGCUCAAGUGGCUCUCUCAGACCCAACAGAAGAAAGUGACCCUGGUGAGCUCGGCACAGAUUUUCUAUGAUGAGAACAAAUAUACUACGAAGAAAGAAUUUGUACAGAGUCAGGCAAACACUGUGCUGGAGCAUUUGGUGCCCUACAACUACCUGCCCAUCAUCAUUGGCAGCAGCAUCGGAGGACUUGUUCUCCUUGCUCUGAUUAUUGCUGCUCUCUACAAGGUGAGGAUUGAGAGAAAUACCUGCAGAGGUCAACCUCCUGUUCAUGCCACAAGAUACAUGGUUCUUGGAUUCUUCAAGCGACAGUAUAAAGCAAUGAUGGAUGAGGCAGGUGAUGUGGGCAAUGAGGCAGCUGGACCUUCACAAGAUCCUACUCCUCCUGCUACUAAAGGAUAA